ACGAGCAAACUUCUUUACAACUUUACCUACACAUCACAAACUUCUAUAAUACCGGUGUAUAUGGAUAACCUGCGCAGGUUCAUCAAAAAAACUCGUGUAGUUUAUACUUGAUAAAAUCCCUAUUAUAUUGUUCUUCACACAACGUUCACGACGAACUACGGACCAAAUUUCUCAUAAAAAAUUUAAUUUUUUUUUUUACAAAAAUUUAAUUUAUUAAAACAUUUUUCUCAAAUUUUUUUUUUUUUUCUUUUUUUAAUUCGUGAGUGUACAUAUGUCUGUCAUUUGUCAAUGUGACAAAAUUAGAACUCUCCCACUAGUCGUGAUAUUUCGAGAAACUCUCAAUUUUCAACGACUUCUAUUUUUAAUCAAAAAAAGAAGUUUAGAUAAAUUUGACAUUUUUUUUAAAUAUAGAAUAAUUUAGGAUUCUAUAACAGAAGAAAAUUUUGAUAUGGUGUAAAAAAAAAAAGUGGUGUGUCCUUAAAAGUGGAUGAGAAUUAUUUUUGUGUUAACAUUGCUGUGAAUCGUUUUGGACACACAAUAUAAUUUGACGUGUGUAUAUAUAUAUAUAUGAUGAUGAUGUAUAUAUAUAUAUAUGAUGAUGAUCUAUAUAACAUAGUGUGUUGCAGUUGUUGAAUUUCGAUUGGGAAUCGUGAACAAGUUUUUUGCGCGGGCACGAUGUGAAUAAACCGGUUGAAAAUAAUUCUACGAGAUUGCGCUCGUGUCUUCUCUUCUCAUCAAAAAUGAAAUAACUUUGAAAAAUGAAGCACGUAUGUUCUAAUAUAUAGAGAAAAAGGGAGAUUAAUUGAAAAUUAAUAUAGAAAUAAAUGAGAGGAGGAAAAAAUUUUAUUAGACUUUUUUUUGGGGGAAAAAAAAAGUAAAGUUUGAGAAUCGCAAAGAGAAGAAUGUAAAAAUAAAGGUAAUCGUACAGCAGAUGGGAAAUGACUAAAUGAGAAAAAUGAACAAGUUUUAGAUCGGAAAUAGUGUUACCACCACUUCCAAUUCUUCCAUCCCUAAGUAUAUCCACUUCCAAUGUGACUUCCCUUUCUCUCUCUCUCUCUCUCUCUCACUCUCUGCAUCACUUGUUGUACCCCACUCAUCAGGAUUUUUCGUCUUUGACUAUAUAGUCAAUCCGGUAGACGUGCAUUAUCAUCUCGUUUGUGUGUACAAACAUGACAUUCGAAAGAAGUACACGCGUCUGUCGACCUCCAUAUACAUUACGAUCAUUAUCUCUUUGGCUGAUGGACAUUCGAUGAACAUCUGUAACCUUGAGAUUUCUUUCGUUUUUAAAGUAUAUAUAUAUAUAAUACAUUCUGAUUAGAUUUAAUAAAUGGCCUUGCUAUGGAUUUUUGUCUGCACUAGAUCUUCAAAUAAUUCCAUUUUCUUCAUUGUAUAAUAGUUUUAUGUUGCAAUAUUUGCACCUUCAUUAAAAAAGAAGAAAAGCUUAUGGAAAAUUUUCAGAUUUCAAUAUUUGGAAAUUUAAUCUGUGUAUGAUUUUUAUCUUAUUGAAGGAGUAUAAUAAUGAAGUUUUAGCAAUGAAAAAUAUGUUAGGCAAAAUGAUCUAAGAAUUCUUUAUAAGUAUAUAAAAUUAAAAGUAUUAUAGUGGUGAAGACAUCUAUGCGCGUUUUGUGUGUCAAGUGAUUGGCUGUGAUAAAAACAGUGCAACUAGAGCAAAUAAAUAAAUUUAGUAAAAAGUGUCUUUUGUGGAAUAAAAAAAAAAAAAAGUUCAAUGCAAUUCAGGAGCUUUAAUACAGUGACGAAUAUUCGUCGGACUUUUUGUUUUACUUCUCGUUUUACUUGGAGUUUAAAAAGAUUAUUACCGUGCUAUUAAAAUCAGCAAAAAAAAGAAGGUGAUAAUAAUGAGUGUCACGGAAAUUGUGGAAAUGGAUCCUAAGAAUCAAUAUGACGUAGAGGGGGUUGAGGGCCUCUCAACUGCACCGGAGAAUAUUAGGGAUGGGAUUAAACAACACGAAAACGACACGAAUUCCAAUCCGUCACAUCUUGUACCUCCAUCGGAGAGCGUUUAUAUGCUAUGUGGCGUCGUGAUAGCGAUGGUGUUAGUUGGAGUCAUUAUUGUACUCUUGGCCGUUACUAUCAGUAAGUUGCGGAAGAGGGAGGAUCAUGCCAAUGCUCAACAUCCUGAACCUGUUGUACAAACGGCAACAACACCUGGAAAUAAUAAUGUUGUUUCAACAACAACAACAACGACGACAACAUCGUCGUCAAGUCCUGUUGAUGGUUGCUGUGCACAAACAACAGUUUUAACAACAACAACAACAACGGCAAUUGUCACAAUGGAUAAUAACAAUAUUGUGGAAUCUGAUUCAAUUUUCACAACAAACACAGCCAAUGCUGAUCAAUUUAUUUGGCAAUUUCCACCACCAUAUCCACCGCUUAAUACACCGCCACCACAGUAUACACUGUACAAUGACCAGGAUACACUUGUACAUGGGCUCUCGGCGGAUAGGCAGGGAUUUGCUAAGGGCUUCCGAAAAAAUCUCGGGGGACGUUGGCGUCGUUUGGUGAAAAGAAAACCGGAAACGGAUUCAUGUGCGUUUCCACCUGAACUCAAGGAUCAAUUAAAGACCAUCUAUGUCUAUUGACAACCUCGUAAAAAAAAAAUGGGCCAUUUGCCUAUAUCUGUGAACCUUCCACUCGAUAAUCUAUGCUUUCCUGUAUUGUAAGAUAAUUAAUGACGAGAGAUUUUCAAAGAAUGUGCUGUGAGAAUGAAUUAGAGUGCGUGACUCCUUUUUUUUGAGUAUGUGUGUGAUUGUUGUUUUUUUUAGUAAAGAGCGACCAUUGUCAAUGAAAAGUAAAUCAGCGCAAGCAAAAAAAAAAAAGAAAGAAAAAGAGAUGUAUUUGUAAUUAAAAUAUAAGUUCUACGCUUCGGUUAGAAAUUCGAGUAUACGGCUCUUGGUCAAAUACAGUCGCGCCUAGCAAUUUCCCUUUUUUUUAAUUUUCAUUCAUUUUUAGAUACGAAUUUAAUUUUUUUUUUAAAGAGAAUUUCUCUACUGAAAUUAGUGUAAAAAACAAUUUUUAAAGUGAAAAAAAAAUUGGGAAAUUGUGAAAUCGAAUAAAAAGAUCGCAAUUUUCUUUUUUUUUAAUUUUCAUUCAUUUUUAGAUACGAAUUUAAUUUUUUUUUUUAAAGAGAAUUUCUCUACUGAAAUUAGUGUAAAAAAAUUGGGAAAUUGUGAGAUCGAAUAAAAAGAUGUGAAACGAGUACAUAUCAUAAGACUACAGGAGUGCCUUACGAAAAAUACCAUGACUGGAGAAUUAAAUUUUUAUAGCUUGUAAUUCGUUUUUUUUUAUUCUAUAUCACUUUUACAUCGAUAUUGUCAAUUUUUCAAAAGAGUGCCUUUUGUCAGACACCUCAUUUUUUAACAUUUUCCGAUGAAAUAUAUUUUCUCCAGUCAUUUUCGAGCACGUUCUGUAAAUUACCGACCAAGAAAAUGCCUUUUUUUUGCUUCCCUUGAAUCAUCAGGGAAAUAUAAUUAUUUGCAAAAUAGAUGCACUAAUUCUGCUGUUUAUCCGUCCAAACUCUUUCGUUAAAUAAGAAGAUUAUAAUAAGGAGGGAAGGCGAUUGUAUAAAAAAAAUUGAAGCUGUUCCUGACCAAGUUUUAAGAAGAGUAUUUAACGGUGUAGUUAGCAUACACGAUAAGUGGCGGAAUUAAUGUGUUUGUCAACGGUAUAUACGCGAAUAGAAAAUACGAAUAAACCUGCGGGAGUCGUUGAACUUGAUGUUCCGCUGAACGACGUGGCGCAAAAAAAAGAAAGAAGAAGAACUUGAUGAGACUGAAAAAAAAACAAAACAAAAAAAAAAAAAACGUAAAGUGUACGACAAAACGAGUUACCUCGUAGCUUUUGUGUACGUUUUUACACACUCGAUUUUAUAGUGUUAAGAGACUAAAAACUUCGAAAGAAAGAAACAAAAAAUAUUAGUAUUAUGUACACCCAGAAACACACGAGCCCUUGGUGCUGCCUUUCCAUAUAGGCUUUCUUUUAUUCUUCUUCUUUGUCAUUUGCAUCUCUUGGCAGCUCCGCGCUCAGUGAUUAGGUGUAUAGCAAUAAAAAAAAAUAAAAAUAAAAAACUAAAGCGCAUUCGCCUUUAAAUCUUAUAGCUAAAUCCUCACUGUUAAAAAUUGUAGUGUCGUGUAAUUUUUUUUUUAAAUUUGUUUUCACAAAACAAUGAAAAAAAAAAUGUUUUCUUCUGUAAAUAUAUAUAUAUAUUUUUUAAAGAACAAAAAUGUGAAAAUCAUCCGAUUAUCUCAUUCAUAAAAAAAAAAAUGAAGAAAGCGACUUUGCAUUAUUUUUCUCAGUGAUUUCGGAUAAGGCCAAAUAAGAUUAUUUAAAAAAAAAAAAGAAAAACAAAAAGCGGUACAACGACUCAUAUUGAGUCCUUAUCAUUACGAUAAUAUAUGGUAUUUUAGUUGAAUUGUUGUAUUAAAUGGCGUUAAUCGAGAAAAUGUGACUCUUAAAAUUCAAGAGUCCUAUCUUAACAUAUUUAUGUUGACAUUUUAAAAAAUGUGUUAUUCGGGCAUCAUAGUCCCUUUCUUUUCUUGCAAAUAGUUAAUUUUUAUGUGAACAGAAAGAAUAAUAUUCGUCAAAAAAUUUUUUUUUUAAUAUUUCAAUUUGGAUUAAAAUAAAAAAAAAAAAGUGGAAAAUUACUUUCUUCAAACUUUGUUCCUUUUGUAGAGAUUGAACCUACAGUGAUUUUUAGCAAAUAAGAAAAACAAAACAUUAAAUUGUAAAUAGGAAAAACAAAAUGUAUUGUGUAUACGUUUAUUUAAAUCUGCGGUUAGGCAUAAUAUAUGAUAUACCGUAUUAAACAACGAUGUAAUUACAUAUUCUCCCCCCAUUGUAUAUCAUUGUGUUUCUAUAUUUUGUAUUUUUUUUUUUUUUUUGUAAAAAGAAUACAAUAGGAUGAGGCUGCGUUCUCACUACCUAGUCACUUGUUAAUAAUGCGAAAAAAAAAAGUUGUUUCACUAGAUUCAUUUCUGAUGUGCAGCUUCUUUAUAAUUUCCAACAUGUCUGAAUACAACAAUAUCAAAUAAAGUAUUAAAAAAAUA